AUGAAUAGACCGGAAGUGCUAGAUCCUGCUGUUACAAGACCAGGAAGGUUUGGGAUACAUCUCUAUGUACCACUUCCAAACUCCGAUCAACGAGGUUUGAUUCUGAAAUCUCUUGCGAGGAAGAUUCCUUUAGACCCAAAUGUUGAUUUGGACGCUAUUGCGAGAAGGAAGCGUUGUGAGAAUCUUACUGGAGAUGAUCUUAGAGCUUUGGUUGAAGCAGCUGGUAUGGCGGCUAGAGACGGUGAGAAAGGCUUGAACCGUGGGAUCAAGAUGGUUCAUUUUGAUGAAGCGUUCACUUGCUUCAAACCUUUUCUUACGAAAGAGCAAGUAAGAGAGUACGAGCAGAAAUUCUCAGAGUUUCGAGGAGGCAGGUGA